AUGCAGCGUCAAGCUUUUCCAACGCUAUAUUAUGCGUUGACUAAUGGGUUACAAACCAGUUCUAGUGUUCCCUCUGAGUUAAGGAAUCUUAUCAGACAAUUAGGACUUUAUGUUGAUAAAAGUGGUGUCAUUCGGUGCCAAGGAAGACUUCAUAAUGCAGAAUUGCCAGAAUUCGCUAAGCAUCCAGUAUACGUCGCCAGCCGACACCCCUUAUGGCAACUUAUAGUGUCUCAUUAUCACAUACUCAACUUGCACUGCAACACGAAUACACUUGUGGUUAUAUUGAGACAACAGUUUUGGGCUGGAAAAAUGAGACAGUCCGUUAAGAAGAUCCUGAAAGAGUGCUUAUUGUGUAAGAAAGCACAAAAUCAACCUCUAAGUCUGCCUGGAUUUCCCCCGUUACCACCCGAACGAGUUAAGCAUCAAGUCCCUUUUUCCUGUGUUGGCGUCGACUAUACGGGAAACAUUAAUGUGGCUGAAAAUGAAGCUGAGAACGAGAAGGCGUAUGUCUUGUUUUGUUUUACAUGCGCUACGUCAAGAGCGGUUGCCCUAUAUGUGUGCAAAUCCAUGAAUGCACAAGAAUUCCUCUUUGUUUUUAGACAAUUCGCGGCAAGACACGGACUUCCGAGAGUUUUAAUAAGUGAUAAUGCGCCAAACUUCAUUGCAGCCAGUAAGUUUCUAAGAGAUAUCAGCGAAGAGCCCGAAGUAAGAAAUUAUCUGACGGAUCAUAAUUUAGAAUGGAAGUUCAUAACACCCCGAUCGCCUUGGAAAGGCGGCUUUUACGAGAGACUGAUCGGAGUGGUGAAAUCGUGCUUACAAAGGGCCGUGUACAGAAAAAGAGUUUCGUUUAUAGAACUCAAUACCAUCGUCGCUGAAGCCGAGAACAUCAUCAAUAACAGGCCACUAACAUAUGUCAACGAAGAUAACGCCGACAUCGCGCUCACCCCUGCUAGACUCUUAUACGGCAGAGCUAUUACAAUGGCUCCUCCUUUGAACAAGUUCGUCGACGUACCUUUCAAUGAGAACGUCGAAUUGAGGGAGAACUAUGCAAGACUGUGUGAGACGAUAAGAAAGUUUGAGAAAUUGUGGCUACUUGACUAUUUGUCUUCUCUUAGAGAGAGGCACAGAAACAUCGAGUCUUCAACCAUCUGUCCAUUAAGCAUAGGAGAUUUGGUCCUUAUAGUAAAUGAUAAUUGUAAAAGACACAAGUACCCUUUGGGAAUCAUCGAGAAACUCCACGCAGGUCCUGAUAAUGUUAUAAGGACAGUCGAGAUAAAAACAGCAAGUGGAAAUUUUACAAGACCAUUGAAUCAAGUCAUUCCACUCGAAUGUAAUGUCAGAGAGGAAUCAACAACAGAAAGCGGACAGAAUGAAGUAGGCGAGACCAGCGAGGCCUCAAACGAGGCUAGUCAUAUAAACAUGACAACAAAGAAGACGAUGGAGAGGGCCGAAACCAAGGACGUAGGAGACGGCCUAGAGAGUGUUGCAGAGGAUGACCCUACGACCUCAACAGGUUCCCCACCACCAGUGAUGUCUGAUCGUCGGCCCAUGAGAAGAACUGCUGCUAAGGCCGACGAACAAAGAAAACAGUUGAUUCGAGAAGGAGCGUUAUAA